AUGCAACAACCGUGUCUUAGCCAAGUGACUACUGUUUCAUGUAAACUUCAAGAGUUUCCUCUAAUUUUCUGUUACAUUCAUUGUGCUGCAACGUUUUUCCUGUUAGGAGUUCAAUGCAAUUUUCUGAAGUUAAAGCCAAUUGACAAACUCCCUAUGAAAUGGUAUUUGACUUGCUCAGUUUGGCAAAGUACUGUCGCAGCUGCAAGUGUCGCUUUAGCACUGUUAUUCACUGCAUUUGAUCAAGACUUAGAAAACGAGCCGAUGAACAAAUGUUCAAUUCUUCUCGCUGUCUCGCAAUCUUUUCUGACAUUCUCUCUUCUGACACUUCUGAUUUUACUUCACGCUUUUGGAUUCAUACUCAUCAUGAUAGCAUCCAUACUACAGAGAAACAAGAAAAGUUGGAUAGCGUUCACAAUAUUCUCCUUAAAAGAAAUUCUUCAAUACGAGACUUUAGCAUGGCAAAUAUCUCUCUUUGUCUCGGGAUGCGUAGUGUUAUAUCGACAUGUUUUAAGGGAAACAUGUGAUGAGUGUGCGGUUGUCAUUCUGGAAUUGGCGUUUUUAAUAUUGCCUCUACUGAUAUCAUUUGUUCAUCCUCUGUAUUUAAUCUGGUACGUUCUACCCAUGCGAGAUGCUGCAACUAGAACAUUCCCGUGCAUGUUAUCAGCGUUGCCUGAGUACUCACUGGUACCACCACAAGUUCCAUCAGCGAGCACUUCAGCAACAUUCCCACUCCAAAGCCCCCGCACUGAUCUCACUCCAAGUGAUACUCUGGCAAAUGAAUUCAAGAAGAAGCUAUCAUCAUUAUCACCUAAAGUGGUGAUUGAAGAAGAAGAUAUCGCUGCUUGUGAAUGGCCGACUGAUCCGCUGUAA